AUGACAGCUGUCUGUGGUAUUUGUGUCUCCAAUGCUGUGGAAGAAAAUUGCUACAUCUUCAUGCCUGGAUGUGGACAUGUAUUUGAUAGAGCUUGCUUGGGUGUUGAGUAUACGUGUCCCAAAUGCAAAAGCAACUACCUGCUUCCUUCGCCCUGUAGACCAUUUCAACUUGCUGGCAGCGCGAGUUUUAUCGAACACAAAGAGCUCCAUAAGCAUCUCAUGCAUGCAAACUGUACCAUCACUCAACUGAAAGAUGAGCUAGAAAAGACCUACGAGGACUUGAGCGUAGAACAACGCAGCAGAAAAAAGAGCAGCGAGUCCCCCAUUGACCUCAAUCAGCAACUAGUCGCAUUACAAGAAAAGUAUAACAACUUGAAUUCCAACGAAAUAGGUCGCUUGGCUGUUGCUGCGAUAUCUGAGGAGGAAGCAUUUAUUACCGUUGAUCUAGGAUCAUCUGAUAUCCAAGCUACAUCAAGACCUAGGAAUCCAGUGCCAGCAAAAGAACCUGCCAAAAUAUGCGAAGAAAACAUUGCGUACCUGCAAUUACAAGACGACAAAAUCAAAGCUGCUCGUUCAUUACAAUGCUCGAAUUCAGGAACUGGAAGCUAA